UUCUUCCCAACGGAGGACGUUGAAGAGCAAUCGCGUUCCAUUUCAACUUUUAUCAGUCGGCGAUUAGACUCAAUUAUGUUCGCUCUGCUGUCUCCGCUGCUCCUGUUGGCGAUUGUUGCACCACGCCUAGAUGCCUACACGUUUUCGGAAUAUCUCAACACCGAUAAUGGGUAUUGCGAAGGCGACACCUAUGGCCCUAUUCCCGUCGGCGAGGAAGGCUUCGACGACACGAGGUGCGAGCGAAUAGAGUGCAGUCAAGGAUUACGUCAUGUGGCCGGGUGCGGAAAAGUAUUGAAACCGGACAACCCCCACUGUCGGAUUGUCCAAGGUGAGGGACACUACCCCAACUGCUGUCCCGACAUUAAAUGUCACGCAAAGAUCGUGUAAGGGGCCUUGAAGAUUCUGUUAAUCAUUCUUUCGAUUUUAAUGAAGUUAAAAUUCGCCAUUCACCGAAAUAUGUCAUACAUAGCAUUCAACAUCUUGUAAUGUGCCCAAUUUAUGUUUAAAAACCAAUUUCGUGUUAACACUUUACAGGCAUUAAACAUCGUAUUCAA